GUCGACCUCAUCCUCCAGCUGCCCGGCCUCAUUCCCCUUGGUAGCGGCCUAUCCCGCCGCAAUUCACCGAAUGUUACGGCGGCAUAGCAUCGAUUAGGUCAAAUUCCGAGUCGAUACUCAAUUUUGUGAGGGGUCAGCGACGUGCGUAUGGCCACAUAUGUGCUUAGAAGCGCAUCAUGGCGUUCACUCUACAGCGCACGAACGACCUUGGAGACCUUGGCCGCGUCGUUGCACCCCGCUACCUGGUCACUCGCCGCAUCGUCGAAGCAAUACUUCAGUCUUUCCGGAGAACCACCGACGAUGCAGGCCAUGAAGCAGAUGCAGUAUCCAGACGUUCACGCGGACUCGUCUAUCUUUGAGGAGGACGAGGAAGACUACCAGGCUGUGCUGGGCGCAACUCGCGGAAAGGUCACACUGGCCAGAACGGCCGACAUGCCAGCUCGGCUACUUGCUCGAGGAAAAUAUGAGGAAGCGGAGCGCCUCCUUGACGAAAUGCGAGACAUGCGACUACAACCCGCUUCCUCGCCGGUGUUCGUGGAUGCAGCGAUACACGUACUCCGUACCCGGUGGACAACCCUGCAUGCGCGGCGCGCUGCCUUUCAGAGGUUCUACUCGUACAUACCUUUCGCCACGUCCAAUCACCCGUCAUUUGACCAGGCCGCGCGUGUCUUGGAACUCUUGCUUCAGAACAUCAUCGACCUUCCCCUCAUGAAGCUAUGUAUCUUGACAAACGUCGCCAGGGGCUAUUUCCUGAUGCGACACGUCGCCAUUGUACGCGACUACGUUCGGCUCUCGGACCCGCACUCCAGCGUCCGCUUACUCGACGCGUUGUAUGACAAAUCCGUUGAAGGCUUAAAGACCAUGGCUCGCUUUGGGAACCUGCGCGUCUCGUCCAAUCGACCUAUCCAUCCGCUCAUACAAGACGCCGAGCCGAGGGUCAACGUAAUGCUGCAGGCGACCUACAGCACCGCAAUCCUUGAAUUUUGCAAACAAAAUCGGGCCGAUCUGGCGGUCGCCGUGCUGCAGAAGGCAUGGCAGAGGGACAUUCCGGUGCAUGCACUAGUCUACUCCCGGGUUAUCAACAAGCUGGAGAGCGCCUUGGACACAGAGAACCUGUCCCUUGUGAAGCAACUCAUCGGGGAUCGCCCAGCUGAUAGCACAUUCACGCCUUAUCUUCCGUCAGCCGACUUUCUCAAGCCCCCGCCUCCCGCUCAUUUGCCCGACGAUCGCCCGCUCAACACACGGUCACGCCUAGCGGACGCCCUACGCAUCCUUCGUCGGCACAUAUCUGCAUACACUUGCCCGGAGCCGAGCGUUCUCGCGAACGUCUUCGCGGCCUGCGCCCAUUUCCAGUGCCCCCGUAUCUUAACGAUUUUGCGCGAACGGGCGUACCGGAAGACGGAUACUGCCAUGGUGUGGGCGCUCGCCGAGAUGCUCUACCAUCACAAGCGGCGCGACGUGCACGCGAUCAGCCUCGUCUUCCGCAACAAUUUCCGAAUGAUUGGUGUCCCCCCCCAGGCGUACUUCUACGCGUCGUUCUAUCGCCGUGGCCCGCGCUGGGACGAUUCUUCGCUGUCGACAUCCAAACUCUACACGCAUGCUACUCUCCCCUCUGACGGGUACAAGAUGUGGCCGUCGACUCAUCAUACAGUUCUCGUGUGGCGUGCCUGCGCUGAAAAGGUUGUGCAUGCGGCGUCGUUGACAAAGCUGUAUAAGGAGUUGUUGGCUCAGGUGAAGGCCUCGCGACAGGUGCAUAGUUUGGUGCAUAGUCCGUCUCCGCCCAAUAUCGCGCAGGAACGACACGACACAGCUCAGGAUGUCCGUCUCGGUAGCGUCGAGUCUGCAGGCGCGGAGUCGCCCUAUCCAACGCCGACGCCCCCGCCAUACAUGUACGACGACGCCCACUUCAACGUCUUCGUACGCGAGUUCGGGAAGACGGACACCGCUGCUGCGGCGCGGGUCAUUUCCGACAUGUAUCAGCUGGGCGUUCAACCUGGCGUGGAGACCUUGUCGCUGCUCCUCUGUUGUUUCUCCGAGCAGGAGGAAGAAAGCAAGAUGAUCCAGCUCUUGGAGCGGAUGGAGGCGACUCUCGAUGCGGAAGCCGCACAUGGCGACAGCGCCACCUCGGCGUCGAACGACCUGGUCCUCCCGCCCCCCAAUGUCGCCGCGUACGUCACCGUCAUCGAGCAUCUCAUGGUGCAUCAGCAACCCGUAGUCGCGUCGGGCAUCGCCUUACGUAUGUUCAACAAGCUGCAGUACCAGUUCGGUACGAAAACCCAGAUGGAUCGCCUCCUCCUCACACUCGUACAUGCCCUCGCUGCUCUCAAGCGCGAGCGGAAGAUGCAGAACACGCAGAUGGAGCAGAGCGAGCAUGACACAGUGACUGCGUUCGUGGCUGCUCUCCGUCAAGCCCAGAAGCGCCAGCACCAGCGCCCGCGGAUCAAUGUCUCGGAACCUUCCACGCAACCAUAGCGAGCUGCCAUGUAUGGGAGGCGUCGUUGAUGCUCGCUGGAUGCUCAGGACC